UUUCGAGCCAUCUGCGAAUGAUUGCUGGCUUGCGGAGGGAGCGGCGGAUGGUUGUGAGUCCAAUGUUUCUCCACAGCGCGGACCCGAACCUUUCUCCUCGAGCGAAACGAGUCCCACUGAGGUAGCUGAGAGACGGCUUCCCCUCUCCCGGAGAGGACGUGGACUAUAGGGGUGGGGAGGGGGAAACAUCACAAUGAUCCACACCAUGGAAUGCGCAGCGGACGCGCAAAGCCUCAUCUCCAUUUCCUUAAUGAAGAUCCACAACUCCAGGACGCAGAGAGGGGGGAUCAAGCUGCACAAAAACCUGCUCGUCUCCUACGUGCUGCGGAACGCCAGGCAGGUCUACGUCAAGGAGAAAUACGCGGAGAUCUACAGGAUGCAGCAGUACGAGGAGGUGAUGACCGUCUGCAACGAGAUCCAGGAGCUCAACCCGCUGGAUCUGGACGCUGAGGACGCCGACGACGAGGAGCAGACGCGGGCUGCUUGCUGCGGCGAAGAGGUGAGCCUCUGCGGGUCUGCGUGCCACCGAGACGCAGCGCAGCCAGCGGCGCACGCCCGGACAGCGAGCGCUCUUUUCGGCUGCUCUCCCCUGGAGGACGGAGGCAAAGAACCGGAUCCAUCCUACUAUCGAAGCUGCUGCAUGGAGGCUGUCCCCGUGUCCCAGUGUGACCAGUUUCCCGCAAACGGCAGCGCGCACUGCAACAAAACCACAGUGCUGGAUUUGGACACGCAUGUGGUAACCACGGUGGAGAACGGCUACCUCCACCAGGACUGCUGCUGCGACGCGUUCCAGUGCGGCCAGGGCGCGCAGUCCCCGGCCAAGAAACGGAAGGUCGAGUUCGGCUUUUGUACAUCCGACGGCGAGGAGGUGUCGGAUUUUACAUCGGCACGCAAGCGGGCGAAACGCGAGGACUGUUCCUACUUCCACCUAGACUACACAGACACUUCCAACAUCUCCAACCUAAUCUCCAUCUUCGGAUCGGGGUUUACAGGGCUGCUGAGCAGACAGGCGGACUUGGACCAGAUCUGUAGUAAACAGGUCCUGGCCAGUCUGGGGGCAUGGACCCGAGCGAUUGUGGCAUUUUGAAUCAAAUAGUUUCUUUUUUUAUCAGGAGAGACCGGGGUCAGUUGUAACACUUUUUUCCACAAAAGUAUGAAACUAAACCCAGUGGAGAAGCGUUUUCUCCUGCCAGUUUCUGUUGGGGGGGGGGGGGGGGGUUACAUGUUUCUAAGCGCAGGAGAAUGAAAAUUAACGUUCCCAUAAUUGUGUUCUCCAAGGAAGAUUCAUCUAAUGUGUAGCCUAAUUUGUGGAACGCAUUGCAUAGUUCCACCUUCUUCUAUUUACAUGUCCAUGAUGCAAUGGUUUUUUUCUGAAACCUUUCCAGGAAUGUUCUUAGACCAAGUUUUCCUUGGGAACGUUGCUAGUGGACUGUGCUCUUCCACAUCCUUUCUAUGUGCAAAUAGUGAAUAGUGUGCUGCAGAAUAUCGAUUGGGUGAGAUCAGUGUUUUCUACAGAAGCUGUGCAUUGUUUAAAAUAGAGCCCCUUGUGUGAGGUCAGUUGUAACGCU